AUGGGGGCCCAGUUCAGAACCUUAGAACGAGAAAGCAGGUUCAGAAAUCCGCCCAAGGAUAAAUCUGCGUACCCGCUAUUAGCCGAUGCGGUAUCGCCUCAUAUAGGCUCAUUUAACGCCUUGACUGAAGGACCUGGCGGUGGCUUGCUCAACUUGGGAGUUCAAGAUAUUGGCACCAAGACUAUUUUCGACUCCAAUGACACCGACAGAUUGGGUAACAAGCUCAGUAUUAGGGUGGAGUCGGUUCAAUUGACGAAGCCAGCUGUUCCAGCAAACGAUAAAUUGUCGAUGAACAGAAGAACAUACCCAUCGGAAUGUAGAGAAAGGAUGACCAGUUACAGAUCUAGAUUAAUGUUGAAGGUCACAUGGUCCGUCAACGAUGGCGAGGAGGUUUCCGAAGUUCGUGAGGCCGGUCAGAUUCCUAUAAUGUUAAAAUCAAAUCGAUGUCAUUUGGAAAAGUUAUCUCCUGAUGAGUUGGUGAAACAAAAAGAAGAGUCCGAUGAAUUGGGAGGUUAUUUCAUUGUCAAUGGUAUUGAGAAGUUGAUUCGGAUGUUGAUUGUGCAACGUCGUAACCACCCUAUGGCGAUCAUCCGUCCUUCGUUCGGAAAUAGAGGUGCAUCAUAUACCAAGUUUGGUAUUCAAAUCAGAUGUGUUCGUCCCGACCAAACUUCACAAACUAAUGUUUUACACUACUUGAACGACGGUAAUGUCACGUUUAGAUUUUCAUGGAGAAAGAACGAGUACUUGGUUCCUGUCAUGAUGAUAAUGAAGGCAUUAGUUGAAACAAGCGACCGUGAAAUUUUCGAUGGUAUAGUCGGUGCCGACACCUCCAACUCGUUCUUGACCGAUCGUUUAGAAUUGUUGUUGAGAAGCUACAAAAAGUACAAUUUGUACUCGAAACAAGAAACCUUGGCUUACUUGGGUGACAAGUUCAGAGUGGUAUUCGGUGCUACACCAGACGUUUCUGACAUCGAGGUGGGUCAAGAGGUUCUCAAAAGAAUUGUAUUGGUCCACCUUGAGGACCCCAAGGACAAAUUCCGCAUGCUUCUCUUCAUGAUAAGAAAGCUCUAUACCUUGGUUGCCGGCGAUUGUAGUCCAGACAAUCCCGAUGCCACUCAGCAUCAAGAGGUAUUGCUCGGAGGAUUCUUGUAUGGUAUGAUCAUCAAGGAAAAAAUCGAAGAGUAUUUACAAAGCAUCAGACUCCAAAUUCUGUCCGAUAUAAACAGAGGUGUUGCUGUCAACUUUAAUGAUAGGCGGUACAUGUCGAGAGUGUUUUUGAGAAUCAACGAGAACAUUGGUCAAAAGUUGCAGUAUUUCUUAUCGACUGGUAAUUUAGUUUCUCAAUCGGGUCUUGAUUUACAACAAGUUUCUGGAUACACUGUGGUGGCAGAGAAGAUCAAUUUCCACAGAUUCAUUUCGCAUUUCCGAAUGGUCCAUAGAGGUUCUUUCUUUGCCGAAUUGAAGACCACCACUGUGAGAAAAUUGCUUCCUGAAUCGUGGGGUUUCUUGUGCCCCGUCCAUACCCCAGAUGGAUCUCCUUGUGGUUUGUUGAACCAUUUGGCUCAUAAGUGUAAAAUUGCUACUGAAGCUUCAGACGUUUCAACUGUACCCGCUGCUUUGGCCCAGUUGGGUGUGUCUCCUGCCCAUGCUUUUGCAGCUGGACCAAACUUGUGCUGUAUUCAAUUGGAUGGAAAAGUGGUUGGAUGGGUUACUCACGAGCAUGGUAAGAUUGUUGCUGACACCUUAAGAUUCUGGAAAGUUGAAGGCACUCACGGCUUGCCUUUGGACUUGGAAAUCGGUUAUGUUCCUCCUUCUAAUCAAGGUCAAUACCCAGGUCUUUACAUUUUUGGAGGGCAUUCCAGAAUGAUGAGACCCACGAAAUACUUACCAUUGGACAAGCAGGAUAUAGUUGGUCCAUUUGAACAAGUUUACAUGGACAUUGCUGUCACCCCUCCAGAAAUAGAGAACAAUGUCCAUACCCAUGUGGAAUUUUCUCCUACAAAUGUGUUAUCAAUUUUGGCCAAUUUGACUCCAUUUUCAGACUUUAACCAGUCUCCAAGAAAUAUGUACCAAUGUCAAAUGGGUAAGCAAACUAUGGGUACUCCUGGUGUGGCCCUUGCACACAGAUCAGACAACAAGUUGUACCGUCUUCAAACCGGACAGACACCUAUUGUCAAGGCAAACUUAUAUGACGAUUAUGGAAUGGAUAACUUUCCAAACGGUACUAAUGCCGUUGUCGCGGUUAUCUCUUACACUGGUUAUGAUAUGGACGAUGCUAUGAUUAUCAAUAAGUCUGCAGACGAGAGAGGGUUUGGAUAUGGUACAGUGUACAAGGUUGAGAAGGUGGAUCUUUCGCAAUCAAGAAGAAGAGGAGAUCCUAUAACUCAGCAUUUUGGAUUUGGUGAAGACUCAUGGCCAGAAUCCUGGAAAGAAAAGUUGGAUAGCGACGGGUUGCCAAUUAUUGGUGUCAAGGUGGAGGAAGGUGACCCAAUUGUAGCAUACUUUGACGAUACUUUGGGCAAGACCAAAGUUAAAACAUACCAUUCCAGUGAACCAGCUUAUAUCGAAGAGGUCAAAUUAUUGGGUGAUGAUUCAGGAAACCAAGAAGGUCAGCAGAUUACUAUCAAGUAUAGAGUUACCAGACAGCCAUUAAUUGGUGAUAAGUUUUCUUCCAGACACGGACAGAAGGGUGUUUGUUCAAGAAAAUGGCCUCAAGUCGAUAUGCCAUUCUCAGAAUCGGGUAUUCAACCUGAUGUUAUCAUCAACCCCCAUGCUUUCCCUUCACGUAUGACAAUUGGAAUGUUUGUUGAAUCUUUGGCAGGAAAGGCUGGUGCUCUUCAUGGAAUUGCACAGGAUUCUACCCCAUGGAUUUUCAGUGAAGACGAUACCCCAGCCGACUACUUUGGUGAGCAAUUAAGACAGGCAGGUUACAACUAUCAUGGAAAUGAACCCAUGUACUCUGGAGCCACUGGUGAAGAACUUCGUGCCGAUAUAUAUAUUGGCUGUGUCUACUACCAAAGAUUGAGACAUAUGGUGAACGAUAAGUUCCAAGUCCGUUCCACUGGACCUGUCAACUCUUUGACAAUGCAACCUGUCAAGGGAAGAAAGAGAUCGGGAGGUAUUCGUGUGGGAGAGAUGGAAAGAGAUGCAUUGAUUGGCCAUGGUACAUCGUUCUUACUUCAGGACAGAUUGCUCAAUUGUUCUGACUACACACAAACCUCCAUCUGUCGUUCAUGUGGCUCACUUUUGAACACACAAACAUCAGUUCCAAGAGUGGGUUCCGUUGCCAGCGUCAGAUGUCGUAGGUGUUCAUCCAAAUUUGAAGCUCACGGCAAGAACGAUAAUGUCAAUGAUUCCGAAAUAUGGGAGGACGGACAAGGUAAGAAGUUUGUUGGUGGAGAUAACACCACCACCGUUGCAAUUCCAUUCGUCUUGAAGUACUUGGACUCGGAGUUGGCAGCUAUGGGUAUCAAGAUGAGAUUUAAUGUCCACCCCAACUAG